AUGGAUGAUAUAAAGAAGAAUUUGAACAACAUCUCCCUUUAUGAUGUUAAGGCAUAUGUGCGCAAAGCUCAGAAUGUGGUGUACAACUACACGGAUAUGGAAGCAAAAGUUAGAGAAGCUACAAAUAACGAACCAUGGGGUGCUUCAAGUACAUUGAUGCAAAAAAUUGCUGCUGGUACUUACAACUAUAGAGAAAGAGAAGAAAUCAUUGGUAUGAUAUUUAGAAGAUUUACAGAAAAAGCCUCAAAUGAAUGGCGUCAAAUCUAUAAAGCUUUACAACUAUUAGAUUAUUUACUCAAAAAUGGUUCUGAAAGAUUUGUUGAUGAUGCAAGAGCAAAUUUAAGUCUUAUCACAAUGCUGAGAUCUUUCCAUUAUAUUGAUUCUCAAGGUAGAGAUCAAGGUAUUAAUGUUCGUACCAAGGCUAAAACUUUAGUUGAAAUAUUAAAUAAUGAUUCUCAAUUAAGAUCUGAAAGAAAGAAAAGUAGAGAAAACUCCAAGAAAUUUUUAGGUGUUGCCGGUGGUGGUGCUUCAACCAUUCCAGGUGCUAGUGCAGAUGAAUUUGGUACUUAUGAAGGUAGAAUUUUCGGUGAUGGUGGUGUUUAUGGUGAACGUUAUGAAGAAACAAGAGCUGCAUCAAGAUCAAAUAAUGAUUUUGAAGAAUAUGAUGAAAAUAUUAUUCCAAAAGCUUCAAAUGUUAAAAGAAAUUCUUCAAGAAAUUAUGGUGCUCGUGCUGCUGCUCGUAAAGCAAGUUUGAAUAAACCAGUUCCAAAACCUGCACCAAAGAAAGAAGUUGAUUUAUUUUCAUUUGAUGAUGAACCAACACCUUCAAGCUCUCAACAAACAAAUGGUAACACUUCAACUGCUGCUUCUUCAGCACCUGCCAAUGAUGAUGAUGACGAUGAUUUUGGUGAUUUCCAAGGUUCUACAGUCCAACAAUCUACACAACAACAACAGCCAUCUUUAACAAACAAUUUAGCAAAUCUAUAUCAAAGUCAACCACAACCUGCAGCUGCUCCAAUUAAUGAUGGAUUUGGAGAUUUCGCAUCAUUUACAUCAAAUACACAAGCUCAACAACCUCAACAAGCAAACUAUAACACUUCAAUUUCAACUGGUCCAGCUCAAGCACCAAAGAACGAUGCAUUUAGUUCAUUAUUCCAAGCUGCUUCUUCAACUGCACACACAGGAAAACCUUCAACUCCUUCAUUAAGUGCUAAACCAUCAUACAGUGCACAACAAUCUCAGCCUCAACAAACUCAAUCACAACCAACUGUCCCACCAAAACAAUCAAACGGUGAUGAAUUAAACCUUUUGGAUUUAUGA